UCAAUGGAGAAUGUGACAGAAAUGACAUGGUUUGUCCUUCUGGGACUCAACGAUGACCCAAAACUCCAACUUCCUCUCUUCAUCACCUUCUUCCUCAUCUACAUCAUCACUCUGAUGGGGAACCUGGGAAUGAUCCUGCUGAUUCUCCUCGACUCUCGGCUCCACACCCCCAUGUACAUUUUUCUAAGUAACCUGUCCUUAGUGGAUUUCUGUUACUCUUCAACAGUCACUCCAAAGGUCAUGGCUGGAUUUCUUACAGGAGACAAAAUCAUGUCUUACAAUGCUUGUGCCUCUCAGAUAUUCUUUUUUGCAAUCUUUGCCAAUGUGGAAAGCUACCUUUUGGUCUCAAUGGCCUAUGAUCGCUAUGCAGCAGUGUGUAAGCCUCUACAUUAUGCCACCACUAUGACAACACGUGUGUGUGUGGGUCUAGUUAUUGUCUGUUAUAUCUGUGGCUUCCUGAAUGCUUCCAUCUAUACUGCGAAUGCAUUAAGUCUCUCCUUUUACAAAUUAAAUGUGGUCCAUCAUUUUUUCUGUGACAUUCCAGCAAUUAUGAUAGUAGCUUAUUCUGAUCGGCAUGUUAAUGACCUGGUUCUUAUUUCAGUAGCCAGCUUCAAUAUCUUUUUUGCUCUUAUACUCAUCUUAAUAUCCUAUAUGUUCAUUUUUACUAAUAUACUAAAGCUGCAUUCAGCUGCCGGAUAUCGGAAAGCUCUCUCCACUUGUACCUCACACUUCAUAGCUGUCUCAAUUUUCUAUGGGACACUAACAUUCAUGUACUUGCAGCCAAGCUCCAGUCAUUCUAUGGACACUGACAAAAUUGCAUCUGUGUUCUACACAAUGGUUAUCCCCAUGUUGAACCCUCUGGUCUACAGUGUAAGGAACAAAGAAGUGAAGAAUGCAUUCACAAAGAUUGUAUUGAGGUCAAAAUAA